CCUAACCAUUUGCGCAAUCAUUAUGGACCCAGACUGCGAGCUGAUGGAUAUAUUUGAGAAAGAAAAAGGACAUACAGAGAAAGUAUGGGUAUUUCGGAAGCCUUUGAUAAUUUCUUUUUGUUUUCUGACAAUCUCAUAUGUAAUCAUCUUAGCACUCUUCAUAACUGUCUUCUACAAAGUUUCUACACUCAGUUUAAAAGUGAAUCAUUUGGAGAUUCCUAGAAACAACACAGCAGGCAUCAAUAUUUUGGACCUUAAGACGUUAAAUGAAAUGAGGAGUAAUGCUUCUGAAUUUGCUUCAAAACUGAGAAAGUUGGAAACUUCUACAAAGACAGACACCACAGGAGUUUCUCAAAUGGACCUUGUUAACAAGUUAAAUGAAGUUAGAAGUAAUGACACCACAGGAGUUUUUCUAAUGGACCUUGUUAACAAGUUAAAUGAAGUUAGAAGUAAUGUUUCAGAAAUUGCUUCAAAACUGAGAGAGUUGGAGAAUUCUACAAAGAAGGUAGGCUGCGACUUUGGAUGGUUUACCUUCAGAGACAGCUGCUAUUAUUUUACAAUCAGAAAGAAUACCUGGACAACUUCCCGAUCUACCUGUUUGGAAUGGAAAGUGAUUUGGUUGCAAUUACCUAGUGCGGAAGAACAGAGAUUUCUCUAUUCAAAAUCUUCUGAAUUCGACUAUUGGAUUGGUUUAUCUGAGAUAGACACUGAAGGUGUGUGGAAGUGGUUGGAUGGGACAGACUACGAAACAUCAUACAAAUACUGGCAGACGGGAGAGCCAAAUGAUCAUAGCAACAAAGAAGACUGUGCUCAUGCGACAAAAACUGGGCAGUGGAAUGACAUAGCAUGUUCAAAUAAAUAUUAUGCCAUUUGUGAGAAAAAAACUUUGAAAAACUCUGUUUAGGGAAGUCAUAGGCCAGCUGCCAAUGCACUGCACGAAUGUGGCAUGAUUAUUACUCAGAAAAGCUCAAAACAUAAAUCCUACAAACUAAUUAAGUUUAUACUUCUUAGGAAGUGUGGGCAGACUUGUUUGGCCUAUGGUUCUUACUGCUGCCAAAGUUUAUGAUUCUAUGACAAAAUAAUCUCAAUAUUAUCUUUUUUUUAUUAACCUUGUGAUUUUUUUAAUGGUAUCAUAAACUAGCUACACAUCUUUAAAAAUGUAUAGUAAGCUUCUUCAAGUUAUGGACUUCUUGGGCUCUUAGUAAGAAGCUUUAUUUUGUAUUUUGAUUUGCUCUGUUGAUAAAUUAAUAAACAGUGAUUCAGGUGAAAA